AUGAAUAUAACAAAUAACACUAGUUCCAAUGACACUUCAGUUGACCCUCAACCACGAAUCAUUUGUCCAAAUGGAUAUUUAUAUGUAAAAGGAGAAUGUAUUAAAUCUAAAGAAUGGAUAAUGGCAAUUAGCAUUGGAUCAACAAUAUUAAUUUUAUUUGUCGUAAUAAUUGUUAUAAUUGCUUGGAUAUUAUCUAGAAGAAGAACAACAAGAAAAGGAAAUACAUAUAAAUAUACACAAGUUGAAUUUAAUAAUUUUCCAUUAACAGUAAGUAAAAAUACAUUAACAUUUGAAAAUGAAGGAAGAGUUAUGCAAAUAAAUAAAGCGUUUCAUGAUGAAAUUAAUGUAUAUAACCCAAGUGAAAUAGAAAAAACAUUUAAAAUUGAAUCGAAGUCAUCACAAUAUAAUAUAGAAUGUGAACCAAGAAUAGCCAUAUUAGGACCACAUUCAUCUAUUAAUGUUUAUUUUACAAUCACAUUAUUAUGUACAUGCAAAGAAUAUGAAGCAAUUCAAUUAAUAACAUUUGAUGGUAUUUCAGAAGAAAAUAUUGAAGAUGAUGAUAAAAUGAUUACUCCUCUUUAUAUUAAUGUAACAGGAGAAGAAAGUAUUUUAAUUGAUUAUAAAGAAAUUGAAUUUAUAGAUACUAUUAAAAAUGGAAAUAAUGGUAUUGUUUCAACAGGAAAAUAUAAUAAUCAGAAUGUAAUUAUUAAAAGAUUAAAUUUAAAAUGGAAUAGUAAUUCAUAUGAACGAUUUAUAAACAGUUUAAAAGAAUUAACAAAAUUAAGAUCACCAUUAUUAAUUAAUAUUAUUGGAGCAGUUACAACACCAGAACAUGAAUGUAUGAUAUUAGAAUAUGCAGAACAUGGAAAUGCAAGAACAUGUUAUAGAAGAGGAGAAAUGCAACCAUUAUUAAGAGCAAAAAUAUUUGAAGAUGUUUGUAAAGGAUUAGAAUUUCUUUAUCAAAAUAAACAAAUUCAUGGAAAUAUUAAACCUACAAAUAUGUUAAUUGUUUCACUUAAUAUUCAAUCAACAGUUUGUUGUAAAUUAGGACAUUAUUGGAAUAUUUCUCAAAUGACUGGAUUACCAAAAUUAACUAUUAAUGAAGAAGAAAUGUUACAAUCAACAUAUUACAAUGCACCUGAAGUUUUAAAAGGAAAUGAAUGUACAAAAGAAUCUGAUGUUUAUUCUCUUGGAAUGAGUUUGUUAGAAAUUUAUCAAGAAAAAAUGUUAUAUCCAGAACGACCUUUUUCUAAUGCAUGGGAUGCAGCUCUUGAAAUAUCAAAAGGAAAACGACCAAAUAUUCCUGAUACAAUAGACUUAUCAAUUAAAUCAUUAAUUCAACAAUGUUGGAAUCAAGAAAUAGAACAACGACCUCAACUUCAAGAAAUUUAUCAAUUUUUUACUUCAUUAAAAGAACAAAUUAUACAACAACAAGAACCUAUUCUUUAA